ACGAGAACCGCAGAGCCAGCUGUGUUGGGCUGUUGGCUUAUUGUCAAUGAAGGCGAAGUUAUGGCAGAAACGAAGAUCAGCUCUUCUCAAGCGUCUGUGAUGUGCAAAUUAGCCAUUCGGUUACACGUUCUCCCAGUACUUGCGCUGGACUUUUAGCUGCUGCAGGGGAAGCGCGGGAAUACUUCAGCAGUUCUUUCUGCCUGUGCUCGACCUGGUGUCCCACAAUGCUGAAUAAGCAAACCCCAGCUUGUCAGAAAGAUCAACCUGUGCUUUAGCAGUGGUGCGUCAGCUGCCAUUCACUGAUUGGAAUCGGUCUGACCUGAUUGGCUUUGUCCAGGCUUUCUUCAUUUCUGAUCUAACAGAAACGUUUUGUUCCGUUACCAUGGUGUCCAGACCUGGAGAUCUUCCAGCCCUGGAAGCAGGUCCAGGUUCUUCAGAGGGUCUCCUCGGAGGGAUGUCUAUCCCAGCUGGGAUGACCCGUCGAGCUCUCAGCUAUGAUGAUAACCUGGAGAGGCCCAUGUCUCCACCUCCAUCUGACAUUAAUAUCAGCAACCUAUGGAAGCGACCAGUUAUACCCGAGAGAAAGUUUGCACGACUCGCUGAGGAGGAUGAAUCAGAAGGAGGAGUAAAACAAAGUGCUUCUUUUGAAUCCACUAAACCAAUCCCUGUGGUGAAAGCUAAAGCCUCUUCUGUCAUGAACUCCCUCAUCAUCAAGCAGACCCAGGAAAGCAUGCAAAAGUUUGAGAAGCAGGCAGGACUGACUGAUACAGGCUACACUCCACACAAAGGCCUAAAUGCAGAGGAGACCCGCUACCACCGUCUGGCCGAGUCCAUGCAUAAGCUUCAAAUGCAAAGCACGGAUGCCAAAGAAGAGAGGCAGCCAUCAUCUAAUCAGUCUACGCCUGCUGGGACCCCUCAAUCCUCACCCAAGCAAAAGCGCAGGGGUUGGUUCAACAGUCAGGGCUCCACCGCUUCUCUUACCGGCUCUGAGAUGAGCACCAGCUCCAGUUCCAGUGUAGAUCUGGCUUCAGCUGAGGGACCUAUAGAGCGCUGGGGGGUUUUUGGACCUCGGCCUCAAGUCAGCAAGUCCACUACUGACCCAGGUACACAUCCAGACACAUCAGGGGGCUUUGCCCUGCAGUCCUAUAAGGGCGCUCAGAAACCCACCCCAAUGGAAGUAAUGAAGGCCCAGGCCACCCGCCUGGCCGAAGAUCCAACAAACUUCAAAGCUCCCCCUAAGAUGGAGAUCCCCACCAUGGAUGGAAAGAGACAGGUGACCCGUCCUCACAAACUCAAACACCGGGACAUGAACGUCCUCACACCAUCUGGAUUCUGAAAGAAUCCCUCCCUCCAUCCAUCCACCUCUGCUGUACUCAUAGUGAACUUGUAGCUGGUCUACCCUCUCUCUAAUUCCCCAGUGCUUUCAUCAUCACUGCUUUCCACAUCAGACACGCAUCAUUUUGCUGGUGUCUCAAGUGAAUGUUUGUCCUCAGAAGAAGUUGUGUGUACUUUCGUUGGUGCCAUUGUCUUAUUGGUAGCCUUUUUUCUUUCCAUUCUAAUUUAUCAGUUUUAAAAGGGCCGGUUCACCCAAAAAUGAAAGUUCUGCCACUUAUUCACAAAUAAAUGCUCUCAAAUGAAGGAAUUCUGGAUACUGUGAACAUCAAAGGCUGCCAGUUUCCAACAUGGUUCAAAGUGUUGUUUGUUUGCAUGUGUGUACAUGUUCAAAAGGAGAAGUCUUGAAACAAGUGUUAAAUAGAACUUUUUUGGGGUGAACUAUCCUUUAAAGUGUUAUUUUGUUAGUAUGUAUGCAGGUUGUUUGUGCCUUGGUGUUGUUUUAUGUACUCUGCUGUAAAUAUUAAAGGGGAAGCUCACCCAAAAAUAAAUUUACCUUUCAAUUUCAUUUACUUUGUUUUGUUUUUAUUAAAUGGUAGUUCUUAACAUUUCAUAGUAGGAAAAAAUGGACUAUUGGGUUCCACCACAUUUUUCAGAAUAUCUUCUGUGUUCAACAGAAAGUGAAACGGGUGUAAAUUGUGAGAUAAUUAAUAAAAAAUGUUUUGUUUUUUUUUUUUGGUGCACUACCCCUUUAAUGCUGACUAUGAAGAAAAGUGUUUUAAUGUGUUGGAUUUUACAUUCCAUCACAAGAGGUUAGAAAAACAGCGUUUUUCCAUCUGCCUAGAGCCACUGUCAUGUGUAUAUAGUCAGUGAUGAUGUUGUGAUCUGUGUGGCAUCAUUAAUACGCAAUGGGUUCAGUGAUAACUUAAUUCUUUAAGUCUUUGCUGUUGUGUAUUAUGACGUUUAAAGCAUCGUUGUGAUACGGUCGUGUCAAGGACGGUGUGAAAAAUGACAAGGUCACUAAAUUGACUGAAGGCUAAAAAGCGUUGGCUGAAAUGUUAUUUAAUGUAACUGCUCUGGACAGAGAAUUUCUUCUAUUUUUGUUACUAGUUUAAAGUCUUUUCAGUUUUCCAAAAAGUGACAUGUAUUUACUUUGAUCUGGUUGGAUCUGUUAAUACAUGAAUAAAUUUAUGUAAAUAC